UAUGUAUGUAACACACAUUACACCUUAUCAUUCAACUGAAUCGUGAAACACCGGACAACGCGUUAUCAAGCAAUUAUUCAAUAUAUCACACAUAUAUGGCGGUUUUCAGAACAUUAGCGAUUACUGGGAUAAUUCUAUUUAUUUGCUGUAUCUAUGGUGUUUAUAAACUACACCUGAGAAGCGUUGCGUCAUAUUCCAAAAUGAUUGAAAAACCUAAGAAUUGCCCUAAGCUAGGAUUUGCCAAAACACCGUUACCUGUGACAGCUCUGGCUAGCUACCCUGGUUCAGGUAACACCUGGACAAGACAUUUACUUCAAAAAUCUACAGGUAUAUAUACCGGAGCAAUAUAUAGAGAUCCGCGUAUUACCAAAUAUGGUUAUUUUGGGGAAGGCGUUACUAAUGGAUCGGUUAUAGUUAUAAAAACUCAUAUGCUUCUCCGGAAGCAUAAGGUAGCUUAUGAACGUGCUGUUCUGUUAAUGAGAAAUCCAUUUGAAGCCUACUGGUCUUUCUUCAAUCUCAUUUUAUCCACGAGUCAGACGGGUAUAUCUGACAAAAAAGGUUACUGUACACAUUAUGGACAAUUCCCAAAAACAGAUCGGUGGAAGACAUUUCAUAUCGAUUGGCUUCAAUUUAAAGGAGAUAUGUUUGUUUUAUUUUAUGAUGAAUUACUACAGAACAAAGAAAACAAAUUAAGGGAGCUUUUACUGUUUUUAGGAUUUUCGAAUAAAAAUUUAGAUUGUGCUCUAUAUGAUCCGGAAGGUAUUGCACAUCGCGUAGAUAAAUUUCCAUUUAGAUUCUAUGAUAAGGACUUUAUUAACACCAUGAACUCAAACAUUGAAGAAGUGGCCAAAGAACUGCGGAAAAGGUCACCAGUUAUGGCGGAUCAUGUUUUAACUUGGAGAAAGUCACCGCGUGAAGCAAUGGAAACAUAUCAAUUUGAUGAAUUCUGUAAAGAAUUUGAGAAAGAAAGGACAAAAAUGGCGAACUUGAAACCAAAGGCACGUCAUGAAACUGGAGCAAAAGCGUAACUGAACAUAACAUUUCAUUAUGUAGCCAGGUAUAGGUAUUAGUUCAACCGUUCAUAAAAACGUACUUGUUUACAUUGAGUGAGUUCGAGGCUUUUAUGGACUUGAUUUAGUAUUGAACCUAGGAAGGGGAUAACUAUUCUGUCUUAUUCUAUUGUUCAUUUUAUUAUUUUAAAUCAUUUGUUUGUGUUAUUUUAUUCAUUUAUAAUCGCAAAUUGUGUUUUUCUGUUGGUCCAAGGGAAGAUAAUUAUAAUACACCAUUCUUCUGGAUAAAUCCGGAUUGCGUGUAGCGGAAUCUAAUUGGUGUAAAGCCUAAAAGUUGCCAGGGAGUUUUUUCCGCAUUUGUUAGUAUACUCGGGUUAUUUUCUAUGUGGUUGAUUAUCCAGUUUCUUUGGUCAAGUCAAGUAAGAGUUGCGCCCCUUCCCGUAAUAAAUCCCAUAAUUCUUGCAUUAUUAUAAACAAACAUGGUGGCUAUGUGUGUAGGAUGCCGCUGCUGGGAUUUUCCGGCGCAGUUUCUUCUUGUCAGUGGUGCUGGACGGAAGGCCGGACAAGGACAGCUGUCUAGUCGAUAAGAUGGGACGAAAAACCAAGGUCCCGUGUAUACAUUGGAAUGCACGUAUAUUGAUAUUAUGUCUGCAAUAAAUGUUAAAAUCAAAUUAAAAUUGGUUCUGAA